CAUCACCAUUCAUCGCCCCUUGCCUUGGCCGGCCCCGUCCUCCUCCCCUGCCCGAUUCGUUCCUCCGUCCACGCUCGCCUGCUUGCUUCGUGGAGAGCUCGUGAGAUAAAGAGAGCCUGAGAGCGGGAAGGAGGGUCCAUGGCGGCGGAGGAGGAGGAGACGGGGAGGCCCCGCGCGGGCUACCAGCACGGGCUGCCGUGGGUGUUCAAGGGCAGCGCGCUGUACCAGCUGCAUUUGGUGAAGGCGUCGACGGCGCGCGCCUUCGUGCCCCGGGACCUGCGCCUCGUCGAGGCCUUCGGCUACACGCUCGGCGGCAUGUUCCUCGCGCGCUACCACGACAGCCCCGCCGGCGCCUUCGACGAGCUCGUGGUGAUCGCCGGCAUUGUGUGGAACCCGCCGACCUCCUGCGCGUGGGCUGCCAGGGUGCUGGUGAACAGCGUCGAAGCCUGCCGGCACGGCCGCAAGGAAGUAGGCCUCCCAAGCCAUGUAGCUACAUUCUCAAAGACGGAAGCCUCUGCGCUCGGAGACGAACCCUUGGCGAAAUCGAACGGCAUCCUGAGCGUACUCGGAAUAGGCUCGACCGCCCCCAAGCAAGAGAACCGCCGCGAGAUCGAGAUUUCCGAGACCAAGGGCUCGUCCACUAAGCAUCUGUGCAACAUCAGCAUGCCGCUUACCGGAUCACAUAAGCACCACAAGUGGAUGGGUCCGGCAAUCAGAAUGUCGCUUCCAAGCUUCAGUGGGCAGACUAAGGACCAUCCUGAUCUUCUCAAGUACUCGUGCAAAGUAGAAUGCAGGGUGCGUCCUGUAAAGCCUGCUAGGAUUUGGAAUCCAAGAUCCUCAGAGCAACAGGAGUGUUCUGAUGGCGAGAUUAACAGCGUGGGAUCCAAUGUCUUAGCCGACUCGGAUGCGCAAAGCCGGAGCAUUUCGGUAUUGCUGUCAAAGCCCAUCUUCGCUAUGGAAUUCAGCUCCCUGAGGAUGCACGUCGAUGCUCCGAAGAUCGUUGUUCCACAAUGCAAGAAGAAGGAGUGAUGCAUAUGCUGGAUCCAAAACAGAACAAGUUAAAGCAGAAUGAAGAAAUGGCCCCUGAGCCGCUGGGGUAAAAGAUUGAUCUCCCAUGCUUUGUCAGUAAAGAUGAACAUGACUGAAGAAAGGUGCAAUGUUCAGAAGCAGAGAAAAAGUGAAAUGACAAGAUUGACAGCGAGCUAGUUUCUGAUAAACCAGAGCCACACUCACACAUGACAGAUCCUGCAGUUAGUUCUGAACUAUUCAUGGAGCUACGAUGAUAUAGUCAGAUUAGUGAUGAUCAAACCACGGCAAGAAGCUAUCAAUGUCGUCGAACUGGUAGAUGCAGGCCAGUUCAUCCGGUUCCAUGAUGCUCAGAGGAACAGGAGACAUGGGAGCGCAGACGAUAUCCAUGACACUCUCGCCGGUCUGAUCACAGGCCCGUGGUGGCGGCGGCGGCGGCGUCUGCUCGAUCUUCACCGGUCCGCUAACCGGGACCGCCGGGAUCGGCUGAGCGGCAACGACCGGGACCGGCGGCUGCACUGCUUGCACAGGCGUAAGGCCGGUCAAGACGGGCUUGGCAGGGCUGGGCCCUGCCGUGGAGUCCUCGCUGCUGUAGGAAACCAGCUGCAGGUCCCGCGCCGGCGUCCCGGCGUCGGAUGACGUGCUGCAGGCCGGGCGGUUCCGGCAGCGGUAGGCCGCGGCCGCGGAUGUUCUCGCCGCCGGGAACUUCUUCUUGAGCGAGCUGUUCCAGUAGUUCUUGAUAGCGAGGUCUGUCCUCCCGGGGAGCUGGGCAGCGAUGACGGACCAGCUGUUCGAUGAACAUAUAAAGCAAAGAAACUGGCAGCAUAUCAGUGAUGGCGAUUAACUAGCAAACAUCGCUUAGUUUCUUUGCACUAGAAGCAGAGCAAGAUGCAGUAAUAAUCUAACACUACAUUUGAUGUAACUGAACUUUUCAAAAAAAAACAUUUGAUGUAACUGACAUGAAACCUCAGUUCGAUAGAACAGCAGUUUGGUUCAUA